AAGUUGGAAUGGUACCUGAAGUACAGAUGAAAACCAGUUUGGAGCUACCUGUUGGGGGGGGGGAAUAGAAAUUAUUUUUUAAAAACCAAGUCAACAGAGAGUGUGAAAGAGAGAAAGAAAUGAAGUUAAAAGGUUAGACAAGCCUCAAUAGCAGUAACAACCCAACACUCUCCUUCCCAAUGGCUUCCAGAUGUCCUCCUGAUGACUUCAAAAUCUAUUAUGUUCUGUGAGUCUGUCUCUUCUACGGUGCUCUAGAUAACGGAUUAAGCCAAGGGCACAGAAUGUACAGAUUAUAGCGACACCAGCUCUGUCAAAGAGUCUAGUAUGGCCCAGCAACAUUCCCAAGGUGUGACAGGUCUUCGUAACCUAGGCAACACAUGCUACAUGAAUGCCAUCUUGCAAUGUCUCUGCAGCAUCACCCCACUGGUGGAAUACUUCCUUUCUGGAAAGUACAUCACUGCUCUUCAAAAGGACUGUGGUGAGGUUGCCACUGCUUUUGCGUACUUGAUGACAGACAUGUGGCUUGGAGACUCGGACUGUGUCUCACCGGAAGUGUUUCGGUCAGCCAUUGGAAAAAUCUACCCAGCAUUUCUGAAGAGGACACAGCAGGAUGCUCAGGAGUUUUUGAUUUAUGUUCUGAAUGAACUUCACGAGGCUUUGAAGAAGUUCCGCCGGAAAAGACCACAGGAGAAUGGACUUACUACAAAAUGCUACAGGAAGGUGGCUUCCAGUGAGUCCUCGAUCAUCACUAGGCUUUUUGAAGGGCAACUUAAUUAUGACAUCGUGUGCUUGAAGUGUGAGAACUGUACUUACAAAAAUGAAGUCUUCACUGUCCUCUCCCUCCCCAUCCCAUCAGAAUGUGAAUGUUCCCUUCAGGAAUGUCUUGGAUGUUUCUUUCAACAAGAUACACUCACCUGGAAUAACCAAAUUCAUUGUGCUUUCUGUGAAUCCAAGCAAGAUGCAGCUGUCAGAGCUAGCAUAGCCAAAGCACCAAAGACAGUUAUUUUUCACUUAAAGAGGUUUGACUGUCAGGGUAGAGUGAAGAGGAAAUUAAGAACAGAUAUCCAUUACCCACUCAACAACUUGGAUCUUUCUCCUUAUAUUUAUCCACUUUUUCGGAAACAUCCUAAAUACAGCCUUUGUGGAGUGGUGAACCACUUUGGUGAUCUAGACGGUGGCCACUACACGGCAUUCUGCAAGAAUACAGUCAACCAGACCUGGUAUAGCUUUGAUGACACCCGAGUUUGCGAGAUUCCAGAUUCUGCAGUUCAAACCGCAGCUGCGUACCUCCUCUUCUACAGCUGUCAGCCCUUUUCUAUACCUACCCCAAAAUGCAAGUGCUAGGAAAAUGAUGUUUUCUGAAAACUGUGAAGCAAGAGAUCAGAAAUCACAGUGGUAGCCGUUUUUGCUUAACAUUAAACCUGUGCAUCUGAUAUG